AUGAAGGUCGCUGUUAUUUUCUUGUCCGUACUUUCGUUAAGCUUCUCGGCCCCGCACGCGAGGAAGGUUUUCCACGAACAUGCUGAAGAUUUUUUGGACCUGAUCAUGGAUGAAGCUGGCCAUGAAAUCAGUCACCUUUUCGAACAUUACAUCGAAUUCGAAGAGUUUAGGAAGUCUCUCGAUUACAUGAGAACUUCUAACUUCAAAAACCUCGUCUAUGAAAUGGAAUCGUUACCUGAAUUUAAAGCGGUGAUCGACUUUUUGGAAAACGACAAUAUUGACAUCUUGUACUUCAUUGAUCGACUGAAUGUAAUGAUCGAGGAUAUUCAAACAAAGAAAAGCCGCCACAACCUUAGUGGUAGGGACAUGUCCGCGUACAUCAACGAUUGUGUCGCCGUUUUUCCAAAAGAGAAGUUGAUUGCACUGUACGACCAAAAAAUAGCUGAAGAUGAAGAAUUUAAAGUCGCAAUGGAUAAUCUAAUGAGUGACGAAUGGAAUCAAAUUUGGGAAGCUCUCUGGGAAAGUGAGACUUUCCUUGCAGAAGCUAAGAUUCUCUCUGAAAAUGGAAUCGAUCUGAGAGUUCUACUUCAAGAACUUAAAGCUGUUUUUGGACAGUUUUAA